UUUGUCUUUUUUCCCACCCAAGUACACAUCAGAUAUAAAAGAACAUGCCAGACAACAUUCUGGAGGAGAUUUUUAUAAAACGGUCCCAGCAGAAAAAGAAGACCUCACCUUUAAACUUCAAAGAAAGGCUGUUUGUACUCACUCAGGAUAAGAUAUCCUACUACGACUAUGAUGCCGAAAAAGGGAAGAGGAAAGGCCUGAAAGGUUAUGUGGACACUGAAAAGAUCAAAUGUGUGGAGAUUGUUUUACCAGAAGACAGCGCACCUCCAGACCGACUCUAUCCAUUUCAGAUAAUCUAUGAUGAAGGUCCUCUUUAUGUAUUUGCUAAGUCAGAUCAAAUUCGAAAGCAUUGGAUAAAUGAGUUAAAAAAGGUGGUGCGAUUCAACAAGGACCUCGUGCAGAAGUAUCACCCGUGCUUCUGGGAGGAUGGCAUAUGGAAGUGUUGCCAGCAGGAGAUGAAGCAGGCAAUGGGCUGCAGGGUGCUGGAGACCAAAAAUGGAGGGUUUCUCAAAAGGGGUUCGAAGAAUCGUGAUUCCAGGAAGCCUCUCCCACCAACACCAGAGGAGGAAAAGCCGCCCAGGCCCCUGCCCCCCCAGCCACCCAUGCUCACCCCGGACUUCAGUGUGGGCAUGACUGUUGUAGCUGAAUAUGAAUAUGCACCUAUGACUGCCCAUGACUUGGAGCUGAGAAAGGAUGAGGAGUACACACUCUUAGAAAUCAAUGAUCCCAAUUGGUUUAAAGCUAGAGAUACAUAUGGAAAUGAAGGCUAUAUCCCAAGUAACUACAUCGCUCAGGCCUUAAAUGGAUUGGAGAAAUAUGAUUGGUACUGCAAGAACAUCAACCGCAGCCAGGCAGAGAAUUUACUUAAAACAGAGAAUAAAGAUGGAGGUUUUUUGGUGAGAGACUCUGGCAAAUUCACUGGAAAAUACACUGUCUCUGUGUUCACCAAGGCUGGUGGGGAGACUGCUGGCAGCUGCAGACACUACAACAUAUGCAUCACCGCAGAUGGCCAGUUCUAUUUAGCAGAGAAGCACAACUUCAGCAGUAUCCCAGAACUUAUUAAUUACCAUCAGCAUAAUGCAGCAGGUCUGGUGAGCAGACUAAAAUACAUUGUGUCAGAUCGGGCUCGGAAUGCUCCCUGCACGGCUGGUCUGGGUUAUGGAAGUUGGGAGAUCGAUCCUCGUCAGCUUACAUUUAUCAGAGAACUUGGCAAUGGUCAGUUUGGAGUGGUAAAGUAUGGGAAAUGGCAAGGCCGUCAUGACGUGGCCAUCAAAAUGGUUAAAGAGGGCUCAAUGUCAGAGGAUGACUUCAUUGAAGAAGCCAAGGUCAUGAUGAAACUGUGUCACGGGAACCUGGUGCAGCUCUAUGGCGUCUGCACAAAACAAAGGCCCAUCUACAUAGUCACAGAAUAUCUCGCCAAUGGAUGUCUGCUGAAUUACUUACGGGAUGUUCUGCAGCACCCAUCAAGUAUUCUGCUCCUUGAGAUGUGUAAAGAUGUCAGCGAGGGCAUGUCCUACUUAGAGGCCAAUCAGUAUAUCCACAGAGACCUGGCUGCCAGGAACUGUUUAGUAGACUCAAAUGGAACUAUUAAAGUGACUGAUUUUGGAUUGUCCAGGUAUGUUCUGGAUGAUGAAUACACCAGCUCCGUAGGUUCAAAGUUUCCAGUGCGCUGGUCGCCUCCUGAAGUCCUCCUUUACUGCAAGUUCAGCAGCAAGUCAGAUAUCUGGGCAUUUGGUGUUUUAAUGUGGGAGGUGUACACUUUGGGCAGAAUGCCAUACGAUCGGUGGAACAACACAGAGAUAGUAGAGAAAAUUACUGCAGGUCAUCGGCUUUACCGCCCACAAUUGGCCAAUGACAAAGUUUAUGCCAUUAUGAACAUUUGUUGGCAUGAGAGACCAGAUGAGCGGCCCACAUUCAGCGAUCUUGUCAUGACCAUUAAGGAUUUGCUUUUCAAUAUGCAAUAAAAUACACAUAACUACUGAGCACCCUUGGACAUUAAGGAUUCAGUCCAUCAUAUGCAAUCAUGUGUAUGGAAUAGCAAGAAUCAUCAUUUUUGUCAGUCUUGAAUAACCUCCUUAAUUUCUUUAAUCUAAGGAACCCAGUAAUGUGAAUUCAGAGUAAGACACUUCUUGGAUGAAUUAGUAUGAGUUCAAAAUGUUACAAGAAAAAAAAGGAGAUUGGAAUGUGAUUUCUCAUGUAACGUUGCAGUCUUUCCUUACAUUUUACUCAAAGCUUUGGCAUAUUAUGAAAUUCCUAAGUUUCAUAUCUAAAUCAAAAGCUACUCUUUAAUAUUUUUUUACAAUUAUUAAUAAUAACCAGCAGCAACAACAAUGCAAAUAAAAAUUCAUGACUGUAAUGUACAAGUACAUAUAAAUAAUGACUGUAUUGAUUUUUAUUGAUUUGGCUGUGUAUGUAUAUAAAUAAGUCAACUUUAGUAAAACAAAGUACGAUCUAGAAGAAUUCUUCCAGUCUUGAUGUGUAAAUAUAUAUUUUUUUCACCUUCUCUUCUGUGGUUGAAAUCUGAUGGCUAUUUAAUGAAAGACUACACUUUGUCUUUUUCAUCUGGCUGUUUAUUGAAUAAAAUAAGAACAGUUUCCAAUA